UGAAAUAUAGGUACCUCUCAAGUCUCAACCUUUUCCCAAGCUUUCAUCAAAUGGAUUUUAGUUAAAUCUCUCUGGAUUUAAAUCAACAAGUUCCAUAAUUGAGAACAGAAAUCAAGUUCUAACGAAGAAGGAACAUCCCCGAAUUCCAAAAUGAAGAGACCUAAAUCCAUUUCUUCCUUCAACUUGCUUCUUCUCCUAUCUGUAUUAAUAACCCAUCUCUGUUUCUCUCUUGUUUUCGCCGAUUCCCACUUCGAAGGAUUCGAUUCUGAAGACGACGACACUGUUGAAGAAGAACCCUUUGAUCCCCACUCUGUUAAAUCACCUCCUUUAACUCAGUCCGAGUCACAGCCUUCUCUUGAUCCUGAUCUGAACACUGUUCCUACUUCGGAUCCUUCGUCUCAAUCGGAUCUUCAAAAGCCAUCGACCACCACAUUUGAGUAUUGGGAUGAGGAUGAAUUUGAAGGUUUACCCAUCGAGCAACCACAACCGGAGCCUUCGAAAACGACUGAAAACGCUUCUCCAAAUGACCCAGAUCCUAAAACAGCUUUACGACCUGGGAAUGUUUCGGGUUCUAAAAAGUCCUUUACGGUGGAGAUUAUUUGUGGGGUUUUCUUGAUUGCUUUUAUGAUCAAUUAUUUCAUCGGUAAACGUGAAAACGAAAACAUUGCGUUGGCAUGGGCAGCGAAAUUCGCUACCAAAGGUUCAAUCUUUGAGAAAAAUUUCAGUCUUUUGGGUAUCGGGGAAGGUGAGGACUCGCCGUUGUUGUUAAAAGAAGGGCAAAACGUGUUCAAAUUCUACGCCAGUGGACGAAGGUAUUGUCAGGGAUUGUUGGCGACGAUGGAGUUGAAAAGCAGGCAUGAUUUGAUAUCGAGAUUGUUUAACUUAGUGGUUCCUUGUAAAGACGAGAUUACUUUUGAGGUUUCUAUGAAUGAAGAAGCCAUGGAUCAAGUGGUUUUUGCAUUAGCAAAGAAGAAAGCUGCUAAAGGGAUGCAAAAAGAAGUUAGAGAUCUACAGAGAUUUGCUGGGUUGGUGGCUAAUCCUAGUGGAAGGAAAUGGGUGGUGGAUGAACUAUCUGUUAUCUCUGAAUCUAAGGAAGUUGCUGGGGAUUUGAUUACAGAGACCGUGCUCGAACAGGUUUUUGGUGACAAAUCUUUUGAGAAAUAUGGAAAAGAUUUCAUUUGGAUGCAUUUUUCGGAUCAACAUCCCGACAAGCACAAGAAAAUGCUUUUGUUUAAGUUUUCCCUUCCUGAUGCCAACCACAUGGCUGACAUGACUCGCUUGGUGGCUCUUGUACCAUACUACAUCGAUUUAAUCGGGCGUUACAAGCUCAGCUCUCAGGCUCGAUCCAAAACCGAAGCUGCAAGAGUGAAGGCAGCACAAGAGGCAUACAAAGAACUUCAAAAUGCUAGGCUAGAAGCUUUGCAGAAAAAGAAAGCCGAGAGGAAAAAGAUGUUAGAGGAGGCUGAAGCAAAGCUCAGUGCGGAAGCAGUUCGCAAGAAAGAAGCAAAAGAGCGUGCACGGCAGAUGAAGAAGGCAAUGCCAAAAAUGAAGAUGACUCGUGCUUAGAUGUUUUUGGAUCAUUAAUACACACUCUCGACGCCAUUAACCGUAGUAGUUCAGGGUUGUUCUUAGCAUCUGCAGGUAAAUUGGUAUCUUUCCUGAGAAUUUAUACUAGUUUUCAGUUACCUUUAAACAAUGCUUUUUGUCGGUUUUGAGUGUACCACAGGACAAUGCAUUGCUCGAGAAACUUGAUAAUUUUUUCUUCAAUUGAUAGACAUUUCAGAGAAUUGUUUAGAAAAACCCCUAAGUAAUAAAUAUGAUUAUGUUCUGAUUAUUUCCUUAAAGAA